AUGGCUAGCAAAAGAAAAUCCACAACUCCCUGCAUGAUACCAGUAAAAACACUGGUGCUUCAGGAGACUGAACUGGACGCCGUAGAAGAUGAUCGUGAAAGAACGCAACAAGAUGCUCCUGCAGAAGGGCCAGCAGCUAGUGAUGCUAGUGCCAGUAACAGCAAUAAUGGAGCUUUGUCUAAUGGGCACCGCGGUAUUGCUGAUAGUGACACUUAUAUCUGCAAGUCUUGUGACUUUGGAUCUCAAGACGUUCAUCACUUCUUUGGGCACUUGGACUCUGAGCACUUAGACUUUAGCAAAGACCCUGCGUUUGCGUGUGUUGCGUGCAACUUUCUGGCAAAUAGCCAUGAAGGGCUCUCGCACCACAAUGCAGAGUCGCAUGCCGGUGAAACGAGCUUCGUCUGGAGGGUGGCUAAGCAGGACAAUCGUAUAACUGUGGAGCAAAGUGUCUGUGAGGCUGCCAGCAGCCAUGACCUUCCAGGAGAGGUCCCUGAAGAAGGGGUGGAUGGCCAGUCCGAAAUUAUCAUUACCAAAACGCCCAUCAUGAAGAUAAUGAAAGGUAAACCUGAGGCCAAAAAAAUCCACACGCUGAAGGAGAAUGUGUCAAGUCAACUGGGCAGUGAGUCAGAGGUGAAAGACGGAGAGCAUUCAUUCCCAAAUGGGUCCGUGCCAGUCAGCCAGCCUACUGCAAGUUCAACAAAAUCAUCUCAUAUAGUGAACGGCUCCAUCAUAGGAAACGUGCCUGUUCUGCAGGCGGGUGUUGCACAAUUGGUGUCACUGCAGCAGCAACCCCCGUUGCAUCAGCAGCUACCUACAUCCAAGUCCCUUCCCAAGGUUAUGAUCCCCCUCAGCAGCAUUCCAACGUACAACGCCGCCAUGGACUCCAACAGCUUCCUGAAAAACUCCUUCCACAAGUUCCCCUACCCCACCAAAGCCGAGCUCUGCUACUUGACCGUGGUGACGAAGUACCCAGAAGAGCAGCUGAAGAUCUGGUUCACUGCCCAGAGGUUGAAGCAGGGCAUCAGCUGGUCACCAGAGGAGAUCGAAGAUGCCAGGAAGAAGAUGUUUAACACCGUUAUUCAGUCCGUGCCCCAGCCCACCAUUACGGUUUUGAACACGCCGCUGGUUGCAAAUCCUGGGAGCGUCCCCCAUCUUAUUCAGGCAACUUUACCGGGCCACAUGGUGGGGCAGCCGGAGGGGACGGGGGGGCUGCUGGUCACGCAGCCCAUAAUGGCAAAUGGGUUGAAGGGCACCAGCUCCUCCUUCAGCUUGGCGGUGACUUCUGUCCCCAAGCCCCAGCCGGCGGCACAGCACAGCACGGUGAGCUCCAGCAACGCCUCGGGGGUGAAGGUGGUCAACAGCGGCCAGUCGCUGCUCACCGCCUGCCCAGCGAUCUCCUCGCAGACCUUCCUGGAUCCCAAUGUGUACAAAAACAAGAAGUCCCACGAGCAGCUCUCGGCCUUGAAAGGCAGCUUCUGCAGAAACCAGUUCCCUGGCCAAGCUGAAGUUGAGCGGCUGACAAAAAUCACGGGCCUGUCCACCAAAGAGAUUCGAAAAUGGUUCAGCGAUAGGAGGUACCACUACAGGAACGUGAGAGGGGGCCGGGCCGUCUUCCCUGGAGACAGCACGCUCGAUUCCCUGCCCGAAAUAACCUUCGACGUCUCGCCCAGAGGAGCUGAGCUGAGCCCGGCAGCGGCGGCUGCGCCGGCCCCUCACCACCCACCGCGGCGGCAGUCAUGGCACCAGGCACCUGAUUUCACGCCAACCAAGUAUAAAGAGCGGGCACCGGAGCAGCUGAAGGCCCUGGAGAGCAGUUUUGCCCAAAAUCCCCUUCCUGCAGAGGAAGAGGUGAACCGCCUGAGGGGGGAAACGAAGAUGACGCGGCGGGAGAUUGAUAGUUGGUUCUCGGAGAGGAGGAAGAAGAAGGUGGCGGAGGAAAAUAAGAAAGUGGAGGAGGCAGCUCGGCAGGAGGAGGAGGAGGCGGAAAAUGGCGGUGGGGAAGGGGAAGACUCCUCCGAUGAGCUGAGGGCCGCGGGUGAAAACGGCUCGGUUGAUGCCUCUGGCAACAACCUGAACUCGGUGGAGCGGAAGGUGAGUCCCAUCAAAAUCAACCUGAAAAACCUACGAGUGACUGAGUCCAAUGGCAAAAGUGAGUUACCGGGGGCAGGCGCAAAUGAGAAAGGGGACGGCAGCUCCAGCCGGCCACCCACCCCUCCGAAAACCAAACUGAACUUUAAAAAAACGGCCCAGCAGCGGCAUCUGCUGAAGCAAAUGUUCGUGCAGACCCAGCGGCCCACGAACCAGGAGUACGACGCCAUCGUUUCCCAGACGGGUCUGCCGCGGGCCGAGGUCAUUCGCUGGUUUGGGGAC